CUGUUCUUGUCCCAGAUGGCCUUUGAAUUAAGUAUGCUCCGUACAGAGAAGACCACGAAUCGCUGGCAACGGUUGUUCGUCUCGGACCUAUGUUCCCUGUGGACUAGUCACAUCUACACUGCGCUACUGGCCGUGCGCGUCGGCAAUACCAUUCACGACCUUAUUGAACUAGUGGAAAUUGAAUUGCACGAGCCCACUGGUUGGUCUGUGCUACCACUUGUCUGGCUCGACGGGUCCCCGGUACGCACGUUCAUGCUUCAAUUGGCUGUUUUAGCCAACCACCAGAAUGGGAGAGAUACUCAUUUGCGAGCAAUUCGCCUGCACAGUCCCAUUGAACCACGUGGUCUCGAUGUCCUCAGUCCGUUCGAGUUUCCCGAUGGCCGUAUGUUCACCUCGUUCCGAUGA